AUGACCGAUCAAUUCCCACUGAAAGAGAGGAAAUCCACGACGAACUUGAAAAACUCCGAGAACAAAGGCGAAUGCGCAAGGUCGAGGAAAUUCUCAAACAAGAAAAAUCAUAGUAUCUUUUCCAUAAAUUCAAGGAAAACUUGCGUUCUAUUGUUUGUCCUGAGCACAUUUUCUUAUCUAGGGAUUGCUUUCAUAACUUCUAGUUUGUCAGUUUUUGAUCACACAGCAGGUCUUUAUUUGAGCCAGCAUGAUUCCCAAAUUAGAAAUUCUCUGCUUAUAGGAUUUUUUAAGGCUUGGAUCCGCUGGGACGCAAUUUACUUUGUGGACAUGUCAUUACAAAAUCGAUUAUUCGAACAAGAGUGGGCAUUUUCGGACGUUUGGGGUGCUCUUAUAAGAUUUAUUUGCUUUGAAUCAAAGGAUGUUGUUGUGCUAGGAUUAGGUGCGUGUUGUUUAGCUAUCGUCUUACAUGCUAUUGCGGCCGUGGCUUUUUACUGUACUACUAAUGUUGUGUUCUUCGAUAAACGAAUCUCAGUACUCUCCGUCAUUUUCUACUUGUUCUCGCCCGCUGGAAUAUUUAUGUCAGUUGGUUACACAGAAUCGGCGUUUUCCGCAUGCAGUUUUCUCGGACUCUUGUGCUAUGUACAAAAACGACAGACGUUGGCUAUGAUGUUUUGGUCUAUUUCUACACUUUUCCGAAGCAAUGGUCUCUUCUGGUCAUUACUAUUUGUUAUUCCUACAACAGACACCUUUUUUUCUUUUGUGAGACAGAAAGUUGGAGUUUCUAAAUUUCUCAGGACUGCCUUCUUAAACGGUUGCAGAUGUAUCGGAAUCGCUGUUCCUUUCUUGUACGGCCAGUUUCAAGCCUACAAGGUAUUUUGUCCUCGUGCUUCCUGGUGUCUGUCGUAUCUACCAUUCAUAUACCCUGCGGUUCAAAAGAAGUAUUGGAAUAUUGGUUUUCUCAAUUACUGGACAUCGAACAACAUACCCAAUUUCUUUCUAGCUUGUAUCACGUUUAUCCCCCUUGUCUUUUCUUUAUGGUACUCGAUUACAUCCAUAAGGAAGGAUGUAACUAUACGGUAUCUUUUUAUGCUCAGCCUUUUCUAUCUAUACCUAGGAAUCUUUCAAAUGCACACCCAAGUACUAAACCGACUUUCUUCCUCUUUUCCCCUCUUAUACUGGUCUUUGGCUCAUGCUUGGUCACAAAGUUCAUCCUUGCAUGUCAGAAAAUUUACAGAAAUUAUUCUCUUCUCAUGGGUUCUUUAUACUCUCAUACAAGCAGGUUUGUAUGGUUCUUUUUUACCACCAGCAUAG